AUGCCGAUGAUUGAACAAUUGAAAAACUUUAUUCGCCAUGGAAAACAGGCAAACAAACACGUCAUUCCGGAUAACAAUUAUGGUAAUAAUGACCGAUAUCCAAAGUCUCCUGUUGAGGUAGAAAAUUUUCGCGCCUACCCUGAAAUUAAAUCAAGGGUAGAUAAUUCUUCUGCAAUACAACAAAUCGUAGCUGAGGAACGAGAGCAAAGGAAUAAAAUGCCUACAUAUCCCGGUUUGGAACGUUAUCUUAUAUUAAAUAAAAUGGGAGACGGUGCAUUCAGUAACGUAUACAAAGCAAUUGAUACCCUAACUCAAGAGAAAGUGGCAAUAAAAGUAGUCAGAAAGCACGAGCUAAAUCAUUCACAGAGUGAACACGAUAAGAAAUUCACGGCAGUCUUGGCAAGAGCGCGCAAUGUACUCAAGGAGAAGCAUCUUCAUCGUGAUAUGAAAAAGAAGCAUCGUGCAAUUGAGCGGUCGAACAUCCUCAAAGAAGUCCAAAUAAUGCGCCAAUUAAAGCAUCCAUCGAUCGUAUCUCUAUUGUCUUUUUCGGAAUCUCCGGAUUAUUAUUAUCUGGUUCUCGAAUUAAUGGAAGGUGGCGAACUAUUCCAUCAAAUAGUGAAACUUACCUAUUUCUCGGAAAAUUUAUCACGUCAUGUUAUUGUUCAAGUUGCCGAAGGAAUAAGAUAUUUGCAUGAAGAAAAAGGAGUUGUCCAUAGGGACAUCAAACCUGAAAAUCUUUUAUUCGAGCCCAUCACAUUUAUUCCUUCGAAAAAUCCAAAAGUUCCUGGCCCAAAUGAUGAAUUUAAAGAGGAUGAGGGCGAAUUCAUUCCUGGAUUAGGUGGUGGCGGUAUUGGAAAGAUCAAAAUCGCCGAUUUCGGUUUAUCUAAAAUUGUUUGGGACGAGCAGACAAUGACUCCGUGUGGUACAGUUGGAUAUACUGCUCCCGAAAUUGUAAAAGAUGAAAGGUAUAGUAAAAGUGUUGAUAUGUGGGCGCUUGGUUGUGUCUUAUAUACAAUGCUGUGUGGUUUUCCGCCUUUCUACGAUGAAAGCAUUAAUGACUUGACCGACAAAAAACGUUAUACCAUAAAUCAAUUUUUCGAACAUCCGUGGAUUAAGGAUGAGCCAUUUCUUCCGAAAUCCAAUCUUGCACCAACUGACAAUAAGAAUAAAGCCGAAGUUAGGCAACGUUACACUAGCGUUGAUUCGCCUCUUAUAUAUGAAGAAAUGUUACAAACACCCGUUGAGAAUUUCAGACGUAAAGAUAUACUUUCACCCGGUAUUUCCCUUAAGGAAGCGCUUGAAGUUACUUAUGCCGUACAUCGUAUGGAAGAGGAGACUGCGAAAAAAAGAAAAAUGAAAAUGAGUGGACAUGGAGGAAAGAGCUUAGCUUUGAACCCAUUUAAAGGCAGGUUAACUUUGAAUGAUGAAGGUGACGACGACGAAGAUACCUCAUCGAUUCAUCAAGUGCCAAUAAGUGAAACAGCAUCAGUGACAAAUCAUGCUUCAAAUGAACCCAUUAAAAUGAAAACUGGUUCAAAAGUUACCUUCAUGCAACCUACAUCAUCAUCCAAACGUAGUAAGGAAAUACCUAGACGUAUGGCUUUUGAGUUAAGCUUAGAUGGUGCUACGCUACUGUGCAGACGAAAAAAAGCUUUAGGGACUGUUGAAGUUUGA